UUUAUAUUACAUUACAAAAAAAAAGGCAAAAGACUAAAAUACCCUUCAAUGAAAAUGGCUCCAAAAACGGCCCAUGGAGUGUGCUUGGGACGGUUUUGGGCCUCCUUCACACUUAGACUUGUGCACUCUUUAGGUGGUCUUCAAAAUACUCAAAAAAAGUCCAUGAUCGUGACCGUACUCAUAGCAUACUCCCCUCAUGAGCUAGCCCUUCGAGUCAAGUUAUGCCCAAUGCAAUAUUUUUACACAUAUGGGUGGGGGAGUGGAAGAGUUAUGCCCAAUUGCUUGACAAAAUAAGGUCUAAACACGAAUUUCCAUUUUACUCUUUGCAGUCAGAGACUGGAGGAUCGCUCUUCACCAAUUUGAGCAGCACUUUAUUUGAUCCCGCCUUCCCGGAUAGUUUUGGGGAGAUGCAUGACAAGGGGAAACGGUCUGCAAGGACAAAUAAAUUUUUGAUAAAUCUUUUCCCAAAUAAAGUGGAUGCAGCACUUUUAUCGACUUGGAAACAACAACUAGAUCAAGAUGUUGAUACCCUCACAAUGAAAGAAAAUUUUAAUAGCUUGCAUAGAGUAAGGCUUUCUGACCUUUAA